GCCAGGUAACUGUAUAAUUAUGGCGCUAUCAGCUGGUCCACGUAUAACCUUCAGAACACAACUGCACUCCUGGACGCCGAAUAGACUCUAUAAUCUCUCGGUUCCGCUUCGACUGACUGGACGACGACGACGACGACUAAAUCAGCCAUGGACGGCCGGCUUCGCACGCAGGAUAUCCAUCCAGGCCCGUACCUUCCCAACCGAUGGUUUUACCGCCCUUCCGAAGCACGAAAGGUUCGAGGAGGAGAGGCUGGUGGGCUAUAAGGCUGAGAAGUUCUAUCCCGUCCGCUUAGGCGACGUCUUCAAGUCGCGCUAUCAGGUCGUUGCAAAGCUGGGCUUUGGCGCCUAUUCGACCGUUUGGCUGUGCCGGGAUCUGGACGAGGACGUCCUGUGUACUCUCAAGGUCUGCGUCGUUGGGCGUGGCGACGUGCCGGAAUUGGCCGUGUCUCACCACAUCAAGUCCAUCGACACGCACCAUCCGGGCAAGGGGAGGGUGCGUGUAUCGCUGGACGACUUCCGCAUCAGCAGCCCGCGUGGAUCUCACCAAUGUCUGGUUUUCCCGACGCUGGGGUGGACGCUGAGCGAUUUGCGCGAUCUGUUUGCGGAGAGAGCGCUGGAGAAGACGCUCUUGCAGAAAUACAUGUAUGUCGUUGUUACGGGACUGGACCUUUUGCAUCAGGCGGGGGUUGUGCAUACAGACCUUUCGCCCAACAAUAUCAUGACCGGGACUAACGAUAUCGCGGUCUCGAAGGUCGAGCAAGCUGAAUUAGACGAACCGUCGCCGCGCAAAGUCCUCGAGGAUCGCACCAUUCACCUUUCUUACUCGAUGCCGACAACCUACGACGCGCCUUUCAUCAUCGAUUUUGGCGCUGCCCGCCUAGGCGAGCCCGGGCAGAAGCACUCUGGCGACGUCAUGCCAGCGCAGUACCGCGCGCCCGAGAUCAUCGCCGGCAUGGAGUGGGAUUCAAAGAUCGACAUCUGGUCUGUCGUGGUCACGAUUUGGAGCCUGUUCGAACGAGCUAAUCUCUUCUCUGCCGUCAGAGAUGGGCGUCUGGACGAUGAGCUCCACUUUGCUGAGAUGGUCUCGCUCAUGGGACCGCCGCCGAAGGAGUUUCUGCAGCGGAGCGAUAAGUGCCGGCAGUACUGGAAUGCGGAGGGCGACUGGAUUGCGCAGACACCGAUCCCCGAUCAGACACUUGAGUCGCGAGAGACGCGGCUGGAGGGCGAAGAUAGAGAAUUGCUCCUUGCCCUUGCGCGGAAGGUUCUGCGCUGGCUUCCGGAGGAGAGACCGUCUGCGGAGGAUCUUUAUGGGGAUGGCUUCCUUACUCAGUUUAUGUCGGAGCAUCGGCCUGUUGAUUCGUGAAUAGCAAGGGGUUUGUGUGUGCUAGGGGCAGAUAGCUCUUGGGGUGUAUGAUGUACAUGCGCUUUUGUGAGCUGGCAGGUUUUAUUCUUGACCUUGAGGGACUUUAGUUGUAGACUAAGUAGUCUGUGAUUGUGUAUUUAUAAUAUUACUAGUGCUAGAUACCACCGCUCAUACUGGGAGAGCUGACGCUCAGGAUGAAACCUCGA